UUUUACCAACUUCAUUCAUUGGAAGGUUAUGGUUUUAUGAGGUGAGGUAUUGUGGCAGUGAGCAACGAAAAAUAUUUAUAAGGAAUUCGCAGCUCCUAGGGUGGUGAAACAAGAUUGAAAAUGUCCUCCUCUGCACACAAGCACCGCUACAAAAAUCCAACUCUGGACUCUGCAGAGUUGAGGAGAAGAAGGGAAGAGGAAGGCCUCCAGUUGAGAAAACAGAAAAGGGAACAACAUCUGAACAAGAGAAGGAAUGUCAAUGCUGCCCUCCUGCGUGAUGAGAAUGAUAUGCAGGAAGGAGAUUUGACAUUGGCUUCAGAGCCAAUGAUUACACCAGACAUGGUUAGGGAUUUGUCCAGUAUGGUUGUGCAAGAUCAGUUGCAUGCUACACAGAAAUUCAGGAAGCUCUUGAGCAGAGAACCCAAUCCUCCUAUUGAUGAAGUUAUAACAACUGGAAUCGUGCCUAGGCUCGUUGAAUUCUUGACAAAUUCGAAUAAUUCUACUCUGCAAUUCGAAGCUGCAUGGGCGCUUACAAACAUAGCCUCGGGUACAUCUCAACAGACUCGCAUGGUUAUUGAAGCCGGAGCUGUGCCCAUUUUUAUUUCUUUGCUGAGCAGCAAACACGAAGACGUGACGGAGCAGGCUGUCUGGGCUUUGGGUAAUAUUGCUGGCGACUCGCAGGAUUGUCGCGACCAUGUAUUGGAUUGUGGAAUUCUUGUACCAUUGUUGCAGUUGGUAGGGCAAAAUAUCCGGGUGACGAUGGCUAGAAAUACAGUUUGGGCUCUGUCGAAUUUGUGCAGGGGCAAAAACCCACCACCGAAUUUCAGGCAGGUGAAACCUGCUUUGCCCGUGCUCGCUCGUCUGCUGUUCCAUGGUGACGCCGACGUACUCUCAGACACCUGCUGGGCUUUAAGUUACCUGUCCGAUGGACCCAAUGACAAAAUCCAAGCUGUGAUCGAUGCUGGCGUGUGCAGACGACUCGUCGAGCUGCUCAUGAACGAGCAUUUGAAUGUCGUUUCUGCAGCACUAAGGGCUGUCGGCAAUAUCGUGACCGGCGAUGACAUCCAGACACAAGUGAUCCUAAACUGCGGCGCUCUACCAUGCCUUUACCAUCUCCUCAGUUCGCACAAGGAGACGGUGAUUAAAGAGGCUUGCUGGACAUUAAGCAAUAUCACUGCUGGCAAUAGGCAACAAAUCCAAGCGGUCCUCGACGCAAACAUAUUCCCCAUACUAAUUGAACUUAUGAUUAAAGGCGAGUUUAAGACGCGAAAGGAGGCUGCCUGGGCUAUUACGAAUGCCACCAGCGGCGGUACCCCGGAUCAAAUCAGGUACUUAGUGGACGAAGGAUGCAUCAAGCCGCUGUGCGAACUCCUAACCAUAAUGGACGUGAAGAUUGUCCAGGUCGCUCUCAACGGUUUAGAAAACAUCCUCAAACUCGGCGAACAAGACGCCAAGAAUCAAUUAGCCAUGAAUAAAUAUGCCAUGCUUGUUGAGGAAUGCGGAGGUUUAGAUAAAAUUGAAUUUUUGCAAUCACACGAAAACAUUGAGGUUUACCAAAAGGCCUACGACAUCAUCGACCUCUUCUUUGGGGUGGAGAGCGAGGACGGACGUGUGGCACCAUCCGUCAAUACCGAGCAACAGCAGUAUAACUUCGGCGCAGACCAAUCGGUGCCGAUGGGGGGAUUCCAAUUCUAAGUAUACAUUUGAAACUCUCACACCCAACACAAAUGCAGCAAAAAAAAUCUAUAUAUAUAUAUAAUCGAUGUUAUAUAAUCAUAUAAAAGGUUCGGUUCCCAGUAAGAUUUUAUUAAGAGUGGAGUCUUUUGGAGAAAACAUAGGAUCAGAAGAGACAAAAAUGAGCAACUUUAUAUAUGUAUAUUAUAUUUAUAUAGUACCUAUAUAUACUACAUGGUAGAUUAUUAAAUGCGCGUUCGCCUCACACAGUUAUUACUGCUGUUGUUAGUAAUCUGAUUUUAACGUAAAUUUAGUAAACGCCCCGAACCCCACCCACAUUAUUCUUUAUUUAGUUAAUAUUUUGUGUUAUUAUUUUUUUCCUUUUACCGUCUUUGACCCGUGAUUCGUCACCUAGUGCCGACAAUUUAACAAAAUUCUAAACGAAAUUGCAAAACCGACGUAAACGUACAUUUGCAUUGCAAUCUUAGUCACUAUUUCUAUUGUUACUUAAUAUUAAUUUAUAUACAUAUUAUAUAUAUAUUAUUGUUUUAUCUCUAUCUCUCGUCUCUCCACUAGAAAUAUUUAUAUGAAAAAAGAAACCUUAUGCGAGCUAAUUUUAUACUAGUAUACACUUGGGAUUCUCAUUGUGCUAUAUCAAGUUUUGACAUAUGAUCUAUUCACGUGACGCCUCUCGAGGUGUUCCGUUUUAUUAUUUCUUUAUUAGAUAAAUAUGUAAUUGAUGUAAAAUUCUUUAUACGAAAAAAAUGCAUGUAAAUAAUUGGUUUCUUUGAUUUUCCUUUUCGUAUACUGUAUAAAAUGUUAUUGCUUCAAGCAUAAUAUUAUUUCUGUUUAUAGUUUGUACCAUAAACUAAUAAAGAGUUUAAAAAAUA